CUUUGUUCUUUCUCCACCUUAAUCCCAUCCAAUUAUAUACCCAAUAUGCGUUUCGCUCCCGUUGCUAUUCUCUCCCUCUCGGCCCUUGCCGCCGGCAUGCCAAUGGCAAAGAGGCAAGCAGCUGGUGUUCUUGCCGACACCACCUUCGACGCCAUCUCCAUCUCUGGUGGCACUGCUGGAAACGCUGAAGCCGAAGCCCUCGCUGUUUUCUCGAAACUCGGCGCAGCCGCGAACGUCGCUCAAUCCGACAUCAAAUUCCUCAACCAGGUCAACCAGGUUGCCAACGACGCGGAGAAAGAAGCGUUCAAUCCCGCGAUUGAGGCGGCAACUGGCGCGGAGGCCGAUGCUCUCGCGGCUGGCAAGACCAAGAACAAGGUGCUCAAGUUGACGGCUACUAAGCUUCAACUCGAGGCCAAGCAAGCUCAGGGAGAGGAUGUAGCUGACAAGCUCGCCGAUGAACUCAAGAAGUUGAACAACAACAUCGCUACCGAUAAGAAGAAUGCCGGACAGCCAAGCACAGCCCUCCCAUUCGAUGCUACCAUCUCAGGUGGAAACUAG